AUGCUCAGGCCCGCGACCCCUCUGACCGUUCUGCUUUUUAUCUCUUUCGUUUUCCUCCUGCUGUCGGUCCUGUCGACUCCCGUCAUCCACGCAAUCCCCAUCGCAACUUAUCAAGGAGUCAAUUUUGGCGUCUUCGGCUAUUGUACGCCGUCAGAGUGCAGUGGCAUCAGAGUGGGAUAUACUACGGACGGCCUCUUCCCACAAGGAGACACAGACUUCAACCUGCCGUCUAGUGCCCGACACUCCCUCUCCUCCCUCCUCAUAGUCCAUCCUGUCGCAGCAUUUCUGAACCUGGUCUGCCUUGCUCUCGCCGCUGCGGCUCACCUACACUCACCCUCGCACUCCGCACGUUAUCUCCUGGGACUUCUCAUUCUCCUGCUACCGACUUUGCUUGUCACGCUGCUGGCUUUUCUAGUCGACAUACUGCUGUUUGUACCGCAUCUGCAAUGGGCAGGAUGGAUUGUUCUCGCGUCCACUAUCAUCAUAGCAGCUUCCGGCGUCGUCACAUGUGCCAUGCGAAGAACACUAGUGUCUCGGAAAGCCCGCAAGAAGAGGAUCGCUGAAAAUGCCGAGAUGAGUGGAGAGAACUUCUACAAUCGACAAACGCAGGAGGCCAAGGGCCUUGCCCAGACAUUUACGAAUGAGCCUACAAUGCCCGUGGUGAAUGGGGCUCCCGGAGCAGAUAGGCUACCCACAUUCGCGACCUUCAAUGCAAGCCAGAAGUCAGACGAAGAGCGACAACCGCUGAGGGCGCAGGCACUGUCUAACGAAACAACCCUGACCCCUUCUACCCGCGAUGGCGCUUCCGACAGAUACUAUGGCGGACCUCCAUCGCGUUCCAGUAGCCAGCCACCGCAGUUCCGACCGCAAGACCGCUUCGGCAAUCCUCCGCCGCCCAUGCCUGGUUCGGAUGGCGCGGUGAUGCCUAUGCAAGGCAGAAGGUCAGGCGAUGAGCCGACUCCUCCCAGCCCAUAUCGCGACAGGAGCGCUCCUCCGCCUGGCAGCCAUCGUUAUCCACCACGUGGGAGAGGCGCUUACCAGUCUCGUGGUGGCUAUCCGCCACGAGGAGGGUUUGGCCCGAGAGGUCCCCCUCCGCCGCAAGGCUAUCCUGGAAGAGGUGGAUUCUCAUCAGAUAUGAGAGGAGGAUAUAAUGGGCGUGGUAGAGGCGGAUAUACCCCCCCAGUCACUGUGGGCACGGUGGGCGCGGGCAUGGCGGCCGGAGCUAUGAUGGUUGGUGGCCCAAGACGCCCUCCGCCUGGAUAUCCGCCAAACGGACCGGAUGGCGAGAGGAUCACUCCGCCAGAGGAGUUUCCUGUGGCCAUGGGUCCACCCUUGCCGGUAGACGCAUCUCAACAAUAUAUUGACGACAACGAGAGGCGGUUCGAUGCGAGAAGCCCCUCAAUCUAUACUCAACCAGACGAAGGGCCGUAUGGUGCUAGAGCACAAUCUCCAGCAAGAGAAAGAGCGUCGCCGUACGGAAGUCGUGUCCAUUCACCAUCUGGCACAAUCCGCAGACCUUCACCACCUCCAGCCGUGCCUCCAUUGCCUGUAAAUCAAGCCUAUGAACUCGCGGCUACUCCGACGGGAGAAUGGAAUCCUCGGCGGUCACAGAGUCAAGAUCCGUACAUGCCGCCUCGCGCCAACUGGAACGGAACCGCAACCGACAAUAUGGGGCAACCAAGGUCACCUAGAGGAUAUGGUCCAUCAGCCGGCGACGUAGGGGCCCACAGCAAUCCACUGCAUAGGCCGCGAGCGACCUCAGGUGGCAGUGACAUCUAUUACGAGGACGUUGAUCCACGAUUUGCUUCUGACCCGGCACCUCCCGUACCGCCCCUGCCACAAAAUACAGAAGUGCACAAUGGACAUCCUGCACCUCCCGCACUUCUGGUGCCUGGGCCCACUGGCCAGAAUCGACCGGAAGCAUACGGCGAAAUUCCUCAUACGAAUUCUUACGAGGAGUUGCCCGGCGCCCGGUCGCCAGCGGAAAGCGAGGCAAGCAACUUCACAUCCGUUAGUCAACGGGGGGUCAAUCCUAACUGGAGACCCGGCAACAUGGGGGAGUUCAGCUCCUUGGGGCCGAUGAGGAGGCGAGAUAACCAGAUGCGACAGGACGCGCUGCUUGCCGGGAAUCCGGACUUCGAACUGCCAGGAGUGAUGGCCCCUUCACGGCUACCAAUGCGUGGCCGCGGUGGGCCUGGCAUGAGAGGCGGUAUAAUGGGUGGAAGAGGAGCGCCUCGCAUUCCGCCUGCCAGUGCCGUUGGCACAGGAAUUGAUGGUCCAUAUCCCAGUCCAUUGGGCCAACCUAUGCCUGGUGGACCAAUGGGGCCUCCUCCCUCUGGGCCAAGCCCGGGUCCUGGCAUGGGUGGAUUGAGGGAGAUUUGA